CCGGUGAUUUUCCACUAGCUCUCAUGCCUCCUCCGGUCCCCCCUGUUUUAAAAAGACAAAGGUCAGAACGGGAGGCUUACAAGCAGGCUACAAUAUAGGCUACCGACGCGUCCAGCCCUCAGUCGCUCUCACGGACACAAGAGGACACGGACAAGACGAAACGGAGAAGGGAUCCCAAAUCAAAGGACAUUAAAAGGACAAAAUAAUCUACAAAAUUGCAUCAACAGAACAGAAUGGCUCAAAAAGAGAAACUUCAGUGCCUGAAGGAUUUUCAUAAGGACACUCUGAAGCCAUCUCCUGGCAAGAGCCCUGGCACCCGGCCUGAAGAUGAGGCAGAGGGCAAACACCCCCAGCGGGAGAAGUGGGCCAGCAAGCUGGACUUUGUUCUGUCUGUGGCUGGCGGCUUUGUUGGUUUAGGGAACGUCUGGCGUUUCCCGUACCUCUGCUAUAAGAAUGGUGGAGGUGCAUUUCUCAUCCCCUACUUCAUCUUCCUGUUUGGCGGAGGUCUGCCAGUCUUCUUCCUGGAGGUCGCCUUGGGUCAGUUCACCUCUGAGGGUGGCAUCACCUGCUGGGAGAAGCUCUGCCCCAUCUUUACUGGUAUUGGAUAUGCCUCCAUUGUGAUCGUGUCCCUGCUGAAUAUCUACUACAUCGUCAUCCUGGCCUGGGGUCUCUACUACCUGUUCCAGUGUUUUCAGCCGGAGCUGCCCUGGGCCAAGUGCAAACAGUCCUGGAACACUGAACGCUGCAUUGAAGACACCUACCGCAAGAACAAAUCCCUUUGGCUGGCUGCUAACGCCUCCAACUUCACCUCCCCCGUCACCGAGUUCUGGGAACGUAAUGUGCUGGGAAUCACCAAUGGCAUAGACAACAUCGGUCCUAUUAAAUGGGACCUGGCUCUGUGUUUACUGCUCGUCUGGGUCAUCUGCUUCUUCUGCAUCUGGAAGGGAGUCAAGUCCACUGGCAAGGUGGUCUACAUCACAGCCACGUUCCCAUUCAUCAUGCUCAUCGUGCUGUUGAUUCGUGGUGUGACUUUGCCGGGUGCUAGCCAGGGCAUCAAGUUCUACCUUUACCCUGACCUUGCUCGCCUGAAGGACCCAGAGGUGUGGAUUGAUGCCGGCACCCAGAUCUUCUUCUCUUAUGCCAUCUGUUUGGGCGCCAUGACGUCCUUGGGGAGCUACAACAAGUACAAAUACAACUGCUACAGGGACUGUUUGCUGCUGGGAGCCCUCAACAGUGGUACCAGUUUUGUGUCUGGCUUCGCAAUAUUUUCCGUCCUGGGCUUCAUGGCACAAGAGCAAGGGGUGGACAUUGCUGAUGUGGCAGAGUCAGGUCCGGGCCUGGCGUUCAUUGCCUACCCCAAGGCUGUAACCAUGAUGCCUUUUCCUACAGUCUGGGCAGUUCUCUUCUUCAUUAUGCUGCUGCUGCUUGGCCUCGACAGUCAGUUUGUGGAGGUGGAAGGGCAGAUCACAUCACUGGUGGAUCUGUAUCCGUCCUUCCUACGGAAGGGUUACCGCAGAGAGGUCUUCAUCGCUAUCAUCUGCUGCAUCAGCUACCUGCUUGGACUCACCAUGGUUACCAAGGGUGGCAUGUAUGUUUUCCAGCUGUUUGAUUACUAUGCAGCUAGCGGUGUGUGCCUUCUGUGGGUGGCAUUCUUUGAAUGUAUAGCUGUUGCCUGGGUUUAUGGCGUUGAUAAUUUCUAUGAUGCUCUUGAGGACAUGAUGGGCUACAGACCAAAUUCUUGGAUGAAAUGGAGCUGGACUGUUAUCACUCCUUUACUGUGCAUGGGCUGCUUUAUCUUCUCCUUGGUCAAAUACAAGCCAUUGACGUACAACAAGGUCUACGAGUAUCCUGACUGGGCCGUCGGAAUAGGUUGGACUCUGGCCUUGUGCUCCAUGAUCUGCAUCCCCAUGGUGGUUGUCAUCAAGAUCAUCCGAUCUGAUGGACCGCUCAUUGAGAGGAUCAAGGCGGUGGCAGCCCCCGUUCGCGGCGGAGCCAGCUCCCGUCCAGCGGACCAUCGCGGUCUCAAGGAGCUCACCUACCCGCUGGAUCCCAAUGGGAACAAGGGCCUGCUGAAGGCCCCCACCCACACCAUCGUAGAAACCAUGAUGUAAAGGAAUGAGGCGGAGGCUCUCCAUGAGAACGCUCUCCUCUCCUCUCCUGUCCUCUGAAAUGCUUCUAAAGCUAGCUAGCUUUCUGUCUAUCUGUCUAUCUGUCUGUCUGGUGGACUGAUAAGGGUUUUAAGGAAAAAAAAAAAAAAGUUCCCGUUUCAAAUCUUUUAGGAAUACUUUGGAAGUAGUUUGCUCUUGGUGAUGUUCUUAAGAGGGUAGCAAUCACAUUUCAAAUCUAUUUCUGAAUUGCUCACGAGUUGUUUUUGUUUUCCUAUUCGUAAUAUUCAUGUGACUACACUUCCCUCUCUCGUCUUGUUUAAAGGCAGAGUGGCGAAAUAGCACCAGCCUCUGGUCGUACGCUGGUAGAUUUCUGUUCCACCAGCUACUUUUGCAGAAAAAAACCAGCCAUUGUUCUAAAAAAAAAAGCAAAAAAAAGAAGAAGAAAGUGGUUAUUGAGUCUUGGAAUCAAACAGCCUUUUGUAGCCACAAUAUGAAAAAAAAAGGUUUCUUACAUGUAUCACAGAAAAGCAGUUUUUUUUGUUCUUGGAAAGUAUAACAUCUCUUUGCCUGUGAUACAAGGAACAGGGUGCACUUAUUUAAGGCAUGUGCCAUAGGGUUCAACUUCGGCUUAUUCUGUUCUACUGAGGCCCAGUUGAGGUAGAUGAUCGAGGCGCUACAGGUACAGCAUCAUUUUAUUAAAAAAAAUGAUGUGUUAUUUUAAUCAUAUCACAAUUAGAGAUGAAGACUAAAUAAAUAAACACCCCCUGCUUCAGUGAUCAGAAAUCCUGAAAAGCAUAUUGAUGUCAUUUCAGCUGCUUAUAAACUCGACCAUAUUUCAAAAUGUGGCUGUCACAGGGAAAUGAUCCACAAUCCCACAAUUUCUACAUCCUGUUUAUUUCAUUUUUUCUGUCCAGAUCUAAAAAAAACAAAAACAAACUCGCAGAAAAUCCCAAAGCUGCGGCCACCAAAGUUAAACUCUUUUCCUUUUGCCGCCUUUUCUUAAAAAUCAUAGUCCAGCCACAAACAUGCUGAAAAAAUUCAGACAUUUGAAAAUAAUUGACACAUUGCCAGGAUAGCCUACGACCGUUAUUAAACCAGAGUUUCUGGUUCUUAAACGCACCUUAGCUCCACAUAUCCCCCAAACUUCCAUAGCCAUAAACUAUGGGUCAAAGAGAAAACUAGCACUGAGACAGUGUCUGGGAAACCUGCUCCUGCACAAAGAGAGACGUAUCUGAAAGGAUUUGAAGUGUGGAGGUUGAACCCUUGAGUGUGUUGUCUGUGGCGUACUGUACAGUAGUAGCUAAUCAGUCUAUCUAUAUCUAUCUCUCUAUCUAUAUUUCUCUGUCCUAGACCAGUUUACAGUACAUUAGUGACUGCACUAGGCACUCUUGGCUUACAAUUUUGGAUUGGAUUUAUUUUAUUUUCUGCAGAGGAAGUUACAUUAUUAUUAGUUUUUUUUUCCUCUGUCAAUGUUUAGAUUUUUUUUUAUUAAGACUAUAAUGUUAUUGGUAUUCACUAUUGAUGAUAAUUGCUGUAGUUUUACAUAGAAGAAGGAACACUUCUUUCAUCUGGUGAAAAUACUAAGCUAUUAUACAAAUCAUACAUUUACAGUGGCAGCCAUUGUAGUUACAGUCCUCAUCAUGCGUCUCUAGCGUUGGACCUGCCAACAGUUCUGUUUUUUUUUGUUUUUUAUCAUCGCACAAACAAACAAUGCAACUGAUUUUUCCCAAAUAUUUUUGCUUGUGGGGGUGUGGGUCAAACAUUCAGUGAGCAUUUCAAUGUACAGUCAAAAAAAAUGGGAAUUCUACAAUGGCUCCAUCUGUAAGUUUGUAGGUGUUGGGGGGUUUAUAGCUUUUUUUUUUCCUCUUCUGUAAAUACCAGGGGACAGUAUUUAAUUUGGAGACAUUCAUCCAGACAGGGCACUGUAGCCAGUGGUUAAAUAACUUGUCACCAACUCAAUGACUCAAAGCAACCGUUGGUUCGGUGACACUCGACAACAAAUCAGCCAGAGUCAGACUGUCGACUCGUCUGAGUGUCAAACUCCUUUCCAGACACUGUGAAAUGUGGCAGCUGGCUGCAGACAAAUCGGAGCCAGUGAAUAGUUUGGUCAGGGUUUUUUUUCCACGGUCGCCAUGUCGUCCUCACCUCUCUGAAAAAAUAAGAGCUGAAGACCCAAAAAAACGCAAUUAAAAUUUUUAAAAAUGAAUGUUUGGCAGAGCAAGUUCUACCGAUUUUUCUACACAUCCCAUCUUAAAUAAAGUUAGUGAGGACUUGAUGUGUCAUAAAUAAUCCUACAAAACUUAGAACUGACUAAAGUCAGACUCAGACUUGACUGCCUGGAAUUCAAAUCAACCAAAAACCAAAAUAAAAAGACGACAUUCGUAAACUUCUGAACUUCGAAUCUAAUAAUAAAAGACACCCCCUAAAACCUGCACUAACACAUGUGCAUAGAUUAGCCUUAACUUCAGCUCAUUUAAAAUGUCUCAAGACUUUUAAUGACCUGCAGAUUUCAUAGAAUCAAAACUGCCAAUAAGUAAACUUUACUUAACUUCACGUUGACAUGGCUCCCAUUGAAACCAGCAACAUCCGAACCCCGUUAAUCACUGGUGUGGUGCAAAAACGUGCCCUGCGUAUUCUCUACGUAUUCUCCAACUCUGGCUGAUUGUUUUUAAUCAAACAUUAAAAGUGAAACUACAUUACAUUCUUCAUGAAAAUAGAGGGCCAUAAUAUUAACAACGUGAACUGUUAGCAAACUAUCUGAUAAGUAUGACAAUUAUUACUGUUACAUUCAUUUUAAUAUGUCUGUGUAACAAGGGGUUUCCCAUGUGUAUGUGUCACCAGCGACCAUCCACUCAGGACCUUCUCUGUAGUGCUUUUAUCUACUGUAUAGCUGCAUUAAACCCAGCGUCCAAAAAAAAAUUAGACUUGUGACUGUGGGUGACAAAGAGCGAACAUUUAAUGGCAGCAAUCAAAACAUCGAUGUUUUGAUGCAGCUUGGAAGGCACUCAGUGAGUUCUUUGCCACACAGAAUGGAAAAUCACACCUUAACUGCCUAUUUUGUCCACAAUCAAAGACAAAAAGAGAGAGAGAGAGAGAGAGUCAGAGUGAGUUUUAAUUGCACCUUAUUUGUAGAAUUUGGAUGAUGAGGCCAAAUAAACACUGCCAUCUUUUUAUUCAGGGUCCUCAUUGGCCUCAGAAAUAAUGUCAAAACUCUUUUUUUUUUUGCUUUAGGUGCUUCUCUUCUCCCAAAAGCAGACAUAUUAAAAUAGAUCAAAAACAAAUCAUCAGCUAUACAGUUAUACAGUAAACGUGCACUGCAGGAAUUCGACCAACAAGGUCACGUCAAUGUGAUCACGAGACCAGGGCUUCAUUUUCACGCUUCAUCUAAGCUUUGAUCAUCCGUUUUUUUGUGUCCGUUUAUUGCAUUUUUAUUUCAAUAGAAUAAAGUAGUUCAUAUCAUUAAAAGGGAUUUGUUAUACCAAAUCCACAGCAGACAUCUAUUUUCAUACAGUAACAAACUUUUCCUAUAUAAGUCGUCUUUGUACAGUUAAGCUCCCAUUGCAGAUCUCCCAUUUUAAUACAGAUAAAAAGAAAAAAGCUUCAUUUUAAUCUUUAAACUUUUUGUACAGAUCUGGUUCUUGGUUCCUCCUGAAGGAUCUUUGCUCUAGGGUUAAAAAAAAAAGAAGAAUCCGUCCGGACCUUCCAAAAAGAACAACAGCACAAAAUUAUUAAUGGCAUUUUUUAAAAAAGAAAAACAAAAAUUGCACAGAGCUCGUAGGGACAGUUUAAGAUUCUGUCUCACCCUUUUAGUUUCGUCUACUCAGGUUUUCAGCAUUGGUGUGUCUAUAAAAAAUUCACAAAGAUGCACAAAAAAAAGAAGUUGAUUAUUGUGGAAACUUCAAGAAAUAGCUGCCAAUCGCUAAUUAAACAUCUGUAGCAAAGAGUAAAAACACAGACACAAAAAUAUGCCAUGAAAUAUAGAGUCUGACUUUCCUAGUGCUGAGAUCUUUCAUUUGGUGGGGAACCAUGGACCAGAAAUAAUAACUAAUGCAGUCAUUUAUUGGUUUAUUCUGCCUCUCUGUGUAUAUUUACAUUAUGUACCAGUCCCUCCGCCUUCUUACACUCCCCAUCAGUUAGCCUAUGUAAGCUUCCCGUUAACCUAAGCUAACCAGUUUUUCCUCAGAGAUAAUGAAUUUGCAAAAGAAUCGAAGCAUUAGUGAUGCACAAGUUUUUACCGCCGAAUGUUGAAAUGUGAGUCACCUGCGGGUGAAUGUAAAAGUUUCUGAAGAUUUAUUUUUUAGGGUGAAGAAGAAUUCAUAUCUUUUUAUUUUCAUCGAGCUUGUUUUAUUUGAACUCAGCAGUGUCUUUGUCUUAUCUUGUUGUUGUUGUUGUUUUUUUUUUUUUUGGAUUGUGUGUCUGUCACAUUUGCCUUUUUGUAUUCCAAAUAUCGUGUAUUUGAACCUCUGUCAUUGGAGUAACAUGUACAACUAUCAAUCAAAAAAAAGAAAAAAAAAAGAAACAAAAAAAAGCUACAAUUUGUUACGUGCAAUACUUUGUAGAAUACUUAUUUUUCAUGCUGUUUUUUCCAAUAGGUGAUACUAACCUUUGAAGUAAGACGAUAGCCUGUGAAUUAUUGAGGAAGAUAAUUUGAAUCUUCAGGGUCCAGUUAAAUUAAAAAUCCUGCCACAAUAUGCUCUGCAGUGUGGAACCAAAAUAAACGAAACCACUAUUCCAUCAGAAAAAAAUCGUGUGGUUUGAAAUGCACUGAGAAUAAAAUGAUGAAGUGACUCAAAGUCAUCACACAACUGAAUUUCUUUGCGAAAUACCAUUUUUAUUUUAUUUUUUGUGACAGACUGCUAAGUUGGGAGUUUGUGAGGGGUAUGAAACACAGUAACACUGCCACUAAGCCCACCAUCUCUCUACCUGCGUAUCUUUUAUCUGCGUACUGCUGUGUUGCUAAAAAUCAGGCGGCCUUCCAAAAGCAUGCCACCACCAAAGUCCACCAAUUUCAUUCAAACCAGUACCUUAUAUAAGGCCUCAUUUUCUUGUGAUGGAACAAAAUACCUUGGAGUAAUUGUGGCUGCUUUUGGAAGAGCUUGCACCUCAGCAACGAGAGCAGUAAAUCCAAUUUAAAAAAAAAAAAAAAACACCAUAUCAAUCGUGGGCUUUUCUUUAAAACCUUGUAUGCAAUUUCUUACAUUCUGCUUAUUCAGACAUUUGAAUUCAACUCCGCCAAACCCUGCAACCUUAGUGCUUUAUCCAACAAACUGAGAAA